CUAGACCCUCUUUAUAAUCCAAAACCUGCUGCUACACACAUUGUGCUCAACCAAUAGAAGAAGAAGAAGAAGAAGAAGAAGCAUCAUAAUAUCUGUCAUGGAGGAUAAGGCAACAAGAACUGAAAUGCUAGCCGUUUACAAGAAAGUAUUAGACAACAUUAUUAAUGUGAACGCGCUCUUCACAUCAGCGGUCUUCAUCGGAUUACCAUUUUCCUUCAGAACUGAAACUCUCGAGACCAGAGUAGAAUGUAAGCCAGAUGCAGGGAUCGCAAAGAGGCUGGUGGUAUUUGAAAUUUUAUCAUUCAGUUUCUUCCUUCUGUCCACCCUGCUAGCCAAGACACUGAAGCUUCACUUCUAUGUCAUUAAGAAUAAGCACAACACCAAUUUUGUACAAAAGACCAGCCGCUUGAUGUUGACAAUAGCUGCAGUAGGUACUAUUGCAGGUUGUGUCUUACUAACGUUGUCAAUGAUCCAUAUGGUUCAGAUUAGGUUAGGGAAGUUAACAUGCACUGGGAGCUCAUGGAUUGUGACUGGAUCUCUGGUGGCAAUUUUCGCUCUUGCUUUGAUCUUAUGGCUACCCACGCUUUUAAUUGCUCAGCGCAUUGCGUGGCAACCGAGCUAACCCAGGGAACAAAAAGGAGGUGAUUGUGCUUCACAUUCAUAGAAUACCCUAAAGAGUGAUAACCCAGCAGCUGUUAGUCCUGAACAAAAAGACCAAACAUAUAAAUGUAGACAUAUGAACAAUUAGGAUUCCAAAAUGACCAAAAAAAUAUUCCAUCAACCUGAUGCUUGAGCAGGAUAGCACCUGCUAAUUAAAUUGUCAAACUGUGAUGCUUUUAUAACUAGCUCAUUGCAUGCAAAUUACAGCCUAACUUUCUGUAAACUUAUUUCAUUUCCCUAGCUUUGAUUGAUAAACUACCAAGGUCACCAAUUUACUGUCCUACCAUUUUUACUUUCAGUAACUAGUUCAUUCCAUGCAAUUUAUGGCCCCAACUUUCAGUAAACUUCUUUUAUUCUCCAAA